AUGAAGUGUAGUCUGGCACUCUUCAUCAUCGCCACGCUCUGCACCUUACUCACUGCUCUUAAUUCUAAAGUGAAUAAUCGCGAUGUGCUUUGGGGUCCCCCACCAUACAUUCCACCGUUCAAACCACUGCAGCCAAAUAGACCACAAAAACAUCAGAACAUGCCAUAUGACCCGUCGGCUCCAAAGGUGCAACGACCACACCAUGGACCAUACCCACAACCGCAACCACCACAGGGGCACCAGCAAAUAAAACAAAGUCAAGGGUCCGCUUUCCAGGCAGUUCGGCGAGGUGGAUCACGCCCAGGAUCGCCUUCACAUCAGGGAGGAUCGUUCAACCAGCGAGGUGGAUCACGUCCAGGGUCGCCUUAA